AAGACUAUGAACCGAAUGUCCUUCGAAUGAGGAGAACCGCUCUGAAGGACACCGCAAUUCCAUCUAUAUUCACCUUCCCAGAUGACGAACAGCCUGGGACUAAACGCAUUCGCCGAGAGACUCCAAUCUCGUCUGAAGGUGAAGAACCAUCCCUGCUGACCUCAACACCGCUCAAAACUCUUGCCUCUGUCCAAGAACUAUUUGCGAGCACAUCUGUGCGGUUUGCGGAUGUGGCCUGCCAGACGGAUCCGCCAACCACCCGCUCAUGUGGCACACAGCUCUCUAUGACGACUCACACGCCUCCCUUCAGAAGCACAGGUGGCGCUGUGUCCUGUACCGACACCUCGGCGGUCAGAGCUUCGGGACCGUCACGCAAGAGACCCCGCCUGGACCUGAAGGAGGAGGACGAGGAGGAGCGCUAUGAAGGUCCACAUGAUGUCACUUAUGAUCCCCUACACUCACUCACUUUGACCCAAUCCACCGAUGUGAAAACGGAACCGUCCAGUCCGCCCCAUAAGAUAGCGAAGUACAUCGUGUAUGAGAGCUGUCUCCUGGAGCUGUUCGAGCUGUGCCCGAGGUGUGGACGAGCUUCGCGCCCGCGCACCAGGACCAUGGGCACGUUCCUCAGGGUCGAGCAGAACUGCCCACACUGUGGUGUCUCCAGGACCUGGAACAGCCAGCCCAUCAUCGGGUCCGUUCCCGCCGGGAACCUUCAGCUCGCGGCCGCGGUCUACACCUCGGGGGCCUCCUUCUCCACACUCGAGAGGAUCUUCCAGGCAAUGAAACUCCAGCUGUACAAGUCCAGCACGUUUCGAAGCCUUGCGCGCAGGUUCACUGAGCCUGCCGUCGUGCACAGGUGGAGGAGGACGCAGGACGCCGCGCUGGAGCAGCUCACUAGCCAACGACACAACGUCAUGCUAGCUGGUGGCAUGAGGGCUGACUCGCCAGGUAAUUCUGCUACAUAUGGCAGCUACACAAUGAUGGACCUGCGGAGCAACAUGGUCGUUGAUCUUCAGCUGGUUCAGAGCAAUGCAGUCGCUGGGCGUUGCCAAAUGGAGAUGGAGGGUCUGAAGAGAAGCCUUGCUCUUUUGGAGGAACGUGGCGUUACUGUGAACAGUAUUGUGACCGAGCGUCAUCCGCAAAUUCAGGAAUUCCUGAAGGAGACCAGGAUCAAGCACUACUACGAUGUUUGGCGUAUAGAAAAGGGGCUGUCCAAAAAGUUGGCCCUGAUAGCGAAGAACAAGGACUGUGACUUACUGAAGAAGUGGCUUCCUAGUAUAAAAAACCACAUGUACUGGACAGCAGCUUCAUCAACAUCAGGGCCAGAGAGGCUGGCAAAGUGGACGUCCAUCCUCAAUCACAUCCGAGAUGUCCACGUCCACGAAGACCCUGCUUUCCCCCAGUGCGCGCAUGCACCACGGACAUCAAGGGACAAACGCAAAUGGCUGAAAGCAGGAACAGAGGCCUUCAUCAAAGUAGAGAAGGCCUUGACCAAUAAGAGGAUGUUAAAAGCUGUGGAGAAGAUGAGCCCUCACCGCCAGGCCUCGGCGCUGGAGGCUUUUCACAGCAGUAUUUCACGCUUUGCGCCUAAGAACGCGGUAUUUCCUUUUCUUGGGAUGUUGUGCAGACUCUACCUGGCUGCCAUGCACUUCAACGAAAAUGCUGGGCGUCCCCAAGCAACGUCAUCCACCGGUGAGCUGCUAUACAGAUUGAACUUACCCAAGUCCAAGAAGGGAGAAUUUUCCAUCAAGCCAGUGAAAGUAGAUCCAACGUACGAUUAUGUGGAUGGACUGAUGGACCUCAUCUUUGAGAAGGUGUUUGAGGACCCCGGUCCAUAUGAGGCCGAGGUGCAGAAGAUCCCCAUCCCUGACGACCUCUCUGCCCAGUUCGAAAAGCCAGACAAGAUGGAAGUGAUCGCCUCAUAUGUGUCAAGGUUCAAUCAAGGGCGGGGUCUGAAUCCUGAGGUCGGGGAGCUCCCGGCGUACCCAUGAGGCCCGGGGAGCCAUAAAC